CGUACGUCGUACAGCAGCAGCAGCAGCACGACUGCACGAGCGAGCUUCGGUCGACGGCUAGGCUAGCCAGGCAGGUUCCGGCAUGUCGACGUCGUCGCCGGCGAGCGGGGCCGCGUCGCCGGAGGGGGAGGGGGCCGGGGGAAGGAAGUACAAGGGCGUGCGGCGGCGCAAGUGGGGCAAGUGGGUGUCGGAGAUCCGGCUGCCCAACAGCCGGGAGCGCAUCUGGCUGGGCUCCUACGACGCGCCCGACAAGGCCGCGCGCGCCUUCGACGCCGCCUUCGUCUGCCUCCGCGGGCCCGGCGCCGCCGGCGCCGACCUCAACUUCCCGGACUCGCCGCCGCCGCCGUGCCGCCACAGCGUCGACCCGCAGGAGGUGCAGGCGGCCGCGCUCUCCCACGCCAACCGCGCCGCCGUCUCGGCCCGGGAGGACGACUGCUCGCGGGCGCCGGCCGCGCUGUCCACGGAGCAGUGGUCCGUGACGCAGCCGUCGUGGGCGCAGCAUGACACCGGCAUGGACAUUUUCGGCGACGACGCACCGGACGACGGCAGCAUCGACUGGCGCUCGGUCAUGGCGCACCAGCCGCCGCUCUUCUCGCCGACGGCAGGCUGGGGCAGCAAUGCGUACGACUUCCUGCAGGUGACGCCGCCGCCGCCGCAGUGCGACGAGGACAUGGAGGAGUGCGGCCAUGGCGCCAGCGCUUCCCUGUGGAGCUUCGACUCGAGAGACUCCUACUUCAGAUACUAGUUUUUCCUUCUUUUUACAGGUCUAUAGUAUUAUUAGUAUUCAUGCAAUACUAGUUAACAUACUGUCACUGCUGCAGCUAAUAUCCACCCGUGCAAAAUUUCACCAGGUGCAUUGCAAAGAGUAUUACAAUUGCAUUGCCAGAUUUUAACAAUAUCUGCUGCCCUUCCGAUCCUUCUUCUCCUUCAUGUGUAGUACUAUCUGCAAACGUAAGUACGUAGUCAAAAACAUAAGCUGAAAACUUGUAUGGACGCUUAAGAAGAAAGCACAAAGUGUAUGGGUGUACAAGAUCAGGGCACAAAGUAUAUAGUUUCUUUGGAAUAUCGCCAAAGUUUUGCCGCAUCUAAGUGUACUUGAUUUUGUUUUCAUGGCCGUGUAUUGUGUAAGUCAACAUCAUGAUUUUGUCCGAUGUUUUUGCGCCGAGGUUUGCUAAUGGAUGAAGCUUAAGGGGAUCGAGAUUGGCUCAAAACGGUAGCACACCAUCAAC